GCAAAGGGUCCUUUACCUGUGAGGGGAGGAGAUCUUACCUGUGCAGAGGGUCCUUUACCUGUGAAGAGAGAGGGGAGUCCUCACGGUACCUGUCAGAGGAGUGGUUUACCUGAGGAGAGAGAGAGGAGUUCCUUACCUGUGAGCGGAGAGAAGAUCUUACCUGUCAGUAGAGAGCACAUCUUACCUCUCAGGAGAGAUGCAUCAUCUCUGGGUCAUAGUGGUGUCGCUGUGCCUUCUUUUGCACGGGUCAGUGGGUCUGAUGAUCCACAACGCCGCGGAUAACCUCUGUCUUCAGGACUCCUCAACAACAGAGGGGUCACCCGGGGUCAAACUCUGCCGCUGUAACCUUGACGACGACCUGCAGCAGUGGGCGUGGCAGGACCAGCGCUUCCUGCGGAACGUCGGAACGCAGCGCUGCCUCUCGGCGUUCCGCGAGCGGCCAUUGGUGAUGGAGGCGUGCGAUGGCGCGGAGCACCUGGCGUGGGGGUGCGAGGCCCAGGGCGGGCUGCUGAGUCUGAACCGCAGCCUGUGGCUGGGGGCCCACAAGGGGAGGCUGCGGCUGCUGCCGGCCCCUGAGGGACUCGCAACACGCUGGAAGUCACUGGACAAGUACGACGUGUGCCAGGAGAGAGUCCGGUCCAAGAGGGCCUGGGAGGAGGAUGGCUUUGGUGGAGAGUUGGAGGAGGACGAGCCUGCAGUCAGCAGCAUGAACCAGGAGCAGAGAGAGUUCCUCAAGUGGUUCUACCGCACCGAGGACCAGACCAAAUGGACGUUUGCCAUGCUGGCUCUGGCCUUUGGGGCCCUGCUGCUGGGCUGCAUCCUGCUGGUGUCUGGCAUGAUGGCUAGCAGGAGCAGGAAGAAGAUAGCCAAGUACAAGGCGGUGGCGGCUCAGGCCCUGAAGGCCUCCCCUGGAGGUCACGAGCUACGAGAGGUCGUCUCCGAGGCAACGCAGCAGCUCCUCCCCCCUCCCUCCCCCGAACUGCAGGCCCCCUCCGCCCCCGUCGCCGCGGUUACAGUCACCCCUGACAACCACGUCCCGGCAGCGGCCCCCACGCCGGCAGAGAACGGACUCCUGAAGCCUGGAGAGAUCAUGGUCACCUGGAGAGACGGAACUGUUAGCAAUCUGUACGGAGACAGAGGAGCAAAAGAGGAGGAGGAGAAGAGAGGAGUGGAGGAGGAGAAAGGAGGAGUGGAGGAGGAGAAGGGAGCAGUGGAAGAGAAAGGCGGAGUGGAGGAGGAGAGAGGAGCAGUCGAGGAGGAGAAGAGAGAAGUGGAGGAGGAAGAGAGAGGAGGAGUAGAGGAGGAGGAGAGGGGAGGACCAGCGGAGGAGGAGAGAGGAGUGGAAGAGGAGAGAGGAGGAGUGGAGGAGGAAGAGAGAGGAGCAGAGGAGGAGAAAGUAGAGGAGGUGGUGGCAGUGGCAGCUGAAGAGGAGGGGGCAGCACCAGAGGGGGAGGAAGAGGUGGCCAAAGCUGAGGAGGUGACAGUAGCUGAGGAGGAGGUGGCCGUAGCUGGGGAGGAGGUGGCUAUAGCAGGGGAGGAGGUGGCCAUAGCUGAGGAGGAGGUGACCAUAGCUGGAGAGGAGGUGACAGUAGCUGAGGAGGAGGUCGCGGAGGAGGUGGUGAAGCAGGAGGUGGUGAAGCAGGAGGUGGCAGGUGAAGAAAACUAAAGGGGAGGAGAAAGUAGCUGGAGAGGAAAUGGCAGAGGAGGAGGCGUGUGUGUGCGUGUAUGUGUGUGUUUGUGCUGAAGUGAUAGAGUGCGACAAAGAGAGAGAGAGAGAGUGUGUGUGUGUGUAGCUAUAUUCUUUGUUUUUGUGUGUGUGCGUGCACUUGUGUGCCUUUACCGUCCCAAGGAUUUGUAUGCUUGCUCUAGCUGUUAUGAGAGCAGUGAAGAGCCGUACAUACAAAACAUAAUGACUGCCAUUGUAUUUGUACCAUAUUCAAACACUGUGUAUUCUCUUGGUUUUAAAUCUGUGUGCAAUAGAUCAUGAUCAAUUCUGGGUAAUAUGACACAAAUGCUCAAUCUGUACAUUGAAUUCUAAUAAAAAAUUGACAUGGUUAA